CUCUAGGACGGCCUCAGCGGCCUCCUUUCCCUCCCUCCCUCUCUGACAAAGGCAGACAUGCUCCGACUGGCGCGCUUCGCCUCCGGGCAUGGCGGAGUUCCUUCCCUUUCCUCGUCAUUGCGAUCGGCGCGCGUCCCUCACCGGCCGACUGAGGUGUCACGCGCCGCUUUCUCCUCGCUUGGUCGCGGCGUCGGGGUCUUCCUGCAGCAUGACCGCGCUGACAACGCCCCCCCGUCCCCGGCCGCCGGCAAGGUGGCCUUCCCUUCGUGGUCCGGCUUCCGUGCCUUUGCCUCGUCGUCGGCCACGGCGCCCUCCGGUCCGCGUGGGGCCCAGCCCUCCAUCCCCCGGAACACCCUCUUCCAGAGCUACCCCUCCCUGCCCUUGUACCUCGACUCCAUUGGUGACACCAUUUCCGAUGGGCUUCCCUUUACUCCGCGGAUCAUCUUGCCAGCCGAUGACAACGAGCGUGGGACUCGGAUCUACACCGACCUCCUGUCGCGUUUUCAGGCCUAUCGUCAGUCCGGCAGUCAAGAUGCCAUCCUCCGUGUUCCGAGCGGGGAACUCCCCGCGCAGGCGACCUUCGACCAAUCCACUCUCGAGGGGGGCCUCCCUGCAGCAAACUCCCUGCAGGAGGCCAUGCUUUACGCCACGGUGAAUGAGCUUCGCGCGCAUGUCGCGGCCGAGCACCAGCUCCGCGCCGGGAACCGGGACCUGGCUGCUUCAGCCAUUGACCUGGACACCUUCGACAUGGAGUAUGCCCAGGUGGUUGGCAGUCCGAAGCCGCACUCGCCGGGUGAGCUUCCUCGCGCCGGGGCCGAGGGCGAUCGCGCCUACCCUGCUGUGGUGACCAAGUCCUUCCUGCUGGCGCGCGACCUGCGCAACUAUCUGCGCCUCUUCGGCCAGACGCUGGACAACCACUCCUUGCGCGUUCUGAUCAACUCGGCCAUGGACACCAAUGUCCAGAUUUGGCCCUCAACCUUUGACUACCUGUUCUUCAUCUUCCAGCGGCGAUCCAGCGCGUCCGAUUGCCUGCGCCUUAUUGAGCAGCUGGUCGCUCACAACCUCCCUCUCAAGCGCUCCUUCUUCCUGGCCACCUACUCGUCGCUCUUGCAGUCCGGCACGGUGGUCGACCUGUCGAAUGUCAUCUCCUUCUACCUGUCUUAUCGCCACCAUCCGGAAUUCCCCAUCACGUCGGACAUCCUGCAGCAUUUGCUGCUGUUCCACGCCACCCAAACCGGCGCCCACAUCAACCUCAUCAAGAAGGAACUCAAUCCCGGCGAUCUGGCCAAGAUUGUGGAGGGCAGUUCGACGUUUGGCAAUGACCAUAUGAGCCUGCCCGCUGAGCUGACCGACGCCGCGACCUUGGCCAAAACAUCCAAGGCCUCGCUGGACUUCCUGUCUUGCAUCUUCGAGGACUUUGGCAAGGUUGAGGCCUCCAUCCCCCGGUUGGCUUUCGAGCGUCUGCUCUUUGAGCUGUGCGUCCUGCGAGACACCCGAUCCGCCUUCCGGGUGUACCGGCGUCUGCUUCGUCACCACCCCUCCCUGCCGGAGACCUUCCUCCCGCUGGAGUGGAUCAUCUCCUCUUCGAACGAGUGGCCGCUGGAGAAUCUGGACUUCCUCAUUCAGGAGUCCGCCUCGCGUGGUGUCGGGAAUAUUCUCUUCCCCCUUCAGAUCCGCAUGUUCACCAUGCUCUCGCGCGGAGACCUCGACGGAGUGGUGGCCACGGUCAGCUUCCUGAAGCUCAUGAACAUGACCCCCACCACGGGCACCUUUACCAAACUCCUGACGGCUUGCGUCGAGCAGAACCGCUUCGAAUACUUGACCCCCCUGCUGGAGCUCUCGGAUUUCCCCAUCUUCCUGGCGCAGUACCUGGCCAAGGCCACGUACUUCCACCGGUCGAAGUUCACCCUGACGCAGAUCCUGGAAACGGCGCGCAUUUCCUACGAGGUGUCCCGGAGUCAGAUGAGCCGGCACACUGGCAUGCCGCCCAGCCCGCGGAUGGUUCCCUUCGUGCCACAGGUGAAGCUCCCCCGGAGCCUGCGCGACCCGCACGCCAUCACCGACACGCCCUUCUUCAACUCCCUGGCGGCCAGCAUCCGGCGUCACUUCCCCAAUGGUCUGCCCCCACAGCGGCAGGUGUUCAACUCGGCCAUCUUCCAUGAUAAUGCCCGUCGGGCGGAGAGUGUCACCAUUUCGAGCAAGAUCUUCCCCUACUGGCCUCUGCUGGCGCUGGCGCACGCGAGCGCCGCUGCCGGGCAUCCCCUGUCGGCGGCCAUCAGAUUGGUGGAGCUCUUCCGCUGGCAUGGGGUUUCGCCGGUGCACAUCUUCGAGUUCCUCACCUCCAUCGACCGGUCGACCAAUGGCGUUGGAACCAUCACCACGUUGAACUUCCUGAUUGCCAAGUUUGGCAAUGAGCUGCGCGAGGCCCUCGAGCAGCACCCCGAGCUGGAUGUCACCCAUGAUCAGAUUAUGUUCCGCAGCAGCGCCCAGCGUUCCUUCAUCCCGUACCGGAGCCUGCGCGAGGCCAUCGAUGUCACCAUCAAGUCGCUGACCGACUUGGAGGGGGCCAUGAAUGACCCGGCCCUGGACCCGCCACGCAAGUACCAUGUGUGGCGCCGGCAGCUGGCCAUUCUCAACUACUUCUACAACAGCAAUUCCCCGGUGGUGGAUGAGUCUCUCGUUGAGAACCUCAAGCGCAUGGACCUGGAGGGUGGUGGUGCCACGCGGGUUGCCUCCGGUGGCGGGUCGGCCUUCAACACCUCGUCGUCGGCCUCGAUCCCGGUAUCGGCGGCAGGCGGUGCUGCUGCCGUCGGCAGCGGGGUCACCUCCUCGCUGACCAGCAACUUCCUCCUGGAUCCGAAGAAUGCCCCCGGGCCGAAGCUCCAGCGCCCGGCCGAUUCGCGUCCGCAGGUGGCCGUGCAUCAUCGCAUCGCUGAGGAUGCCCUACAGGCGUACCUGGACACGGAGGAGUUCCUGGCGAAGAAUCCCCUGCGGGUGGUCCGGUCUACCCCCUCGACCACGGGGCUGGUGGCCUUCCUGCGGAGCCGUUCCAACUCGACGGUGUUCACUGACGACGAUUCGGCGGUCAUCAGCGAUCUUUGCAACAUGCUGAUGCGCUGCAGCAGCACUCUACGGCGGAUUCUGGCCAAUCAGUCGGAGGAGCGUGCCAACAGUGGCUCCGGCUCGUUUGUGGGCAUCAACCCGCUGUUUGACUCGUUCUUCGAGACGCCGUCCGACUCGGGCGAAGGCGACGGCCUCUCCGCGGGCGCCGGCAUGUCCCGCCGUCGCGACUCCCACGAUUCCAUCGACCACGGUGGCAUGUCGGCGCAUGAGGAGGACAUGAUCGACAUCGACAUGUCUUUCGAUGACCAUGAUGGCGUCAACCCGGCAAAUUCUUCCUCCGUCUUCCAGCCUUCCAAGUAAGGGUGUUCAGCGGGGUGGUCCCUCCCUCCUCCUCCUCCUCCUC